AAAACACUUACCCACUUCUUUCUCUCUCUCUCUCUCUCGUCACUUCUCUCCUAAUUUUCAGACUUCUUCAAACUCCCCCCUUCUCCUCCCUUCACACACUUCGUGUGUUGUGUGUGUGUGUGUGUGCUUGUUUUAUGAACAUUUAAUGGUCUGUGUGAAACAAAUGACAACUACUACAGACCACCCUAAACUUAAUACUUGUAUAUCUUCUGAAGUGGUCCAUUUGUUUCAAAAUAACAACCCACCAAGAAAUGAUAUUGAUGUUAAUAACAAUAAUAAUAAAAAUAAUAAUGUUGAUGAAAACAAUGAUUUAAUAAAAAGUGAAAAAGGGUGUUGCUCAAAUAUGGUUAUUAUCAAAGAAUGCAGAAUUUGUCAAGAAGAGGAUGAUCAACAUGAUUUGGAAUCCCCUUGUGCUUGUAAUGGCACUAUCAAGUUUGCUCAUAGGAAAUGCAUUCAGAAAUGGUGUAAUAAGAAAGGGGAUCUAACCUGUGAGAUUUGUAAUCAGGUUUACGCACCCAAUUAUACUCUUCCACCAACAAGAAGUAAUCCUGAUGUUAUGACUAUUGAUAUCAGGCAUGCUUGGGGCCCACAAAUUGAUCUCCGCGAUACUCACUUUUUGGCAUUUGCUUCUGCGGAGCACCAGUUUCUUGAACCAGAUUACGAAGAUUACGCCGUAUCAAGUAAUAGCAACAUUGCUUACCUCCGGUUGAUGGCUCUUAUUUUGAUGAUGAUAUUGCUGAUACGCCAAGCUUUGCUAGUCACAAAAGACCUGGGAAUGGUGCCAGAGUCAUCGAAAUUUUUUAAGUUCCAGGUUUCUGUUCUUCAGCUGGCAGGAUUUCUUCUCCCGUGCUAUGUGGUUAGUCGCUCAUGGCUAAUGAUUCUUCGGCAAAGGAGAAGGCAGGUGUAAUAAUGAUAUUCAGUAAGUGCUUUUGUGUAUCCUUCGGCUUUAUGAGAAGCAUUUUCAUGGCCUCAGCCAUGAAGUGAAUUGAGUAUAUAUUAGCAGCCGUUUCUUAAGCUUUCCAAGGCUGCAUCUACAAGAAUCAAAGGGAGAGGACUACUCAAUAUGCAAAGAUGUUUUCCUUUAUAGUGAAUCUGGUUUAGCCACUUCACUUGAUGUCAUCUUAUGUAAAUUGUGAAUAUUGUUGAGUUAAUUGCUCUCUUACAUUUUGAUUCUUUUUUGUGCUUUCCUGUAUGCUAUGGAGCGUUGAACCAUCUGAUUUACUGGAAUUGUGCGAUAUGGAUUGAUGGGGUCGGUGAAAACUAUAUCUAUGUCCACAUAUGUUUCUUAUAGCUUCAACCAA